AGGAGAAAGUUCUUCAAAUAGUAGCAGGCACAGGAUUCUACGACAGCAAGAGCCAGCUACAGUAUGUACUCUGAUUUACUGGCAAUAUUAGCAUGGAGCAGUGCAUAGUAAGCCAGUGAACGUACUAAAUGCACAGGGACUUUUACAAAUAUAAAGAAUUGUAGCUGCUCAAUUUAUUAGAGGGAAACCAUGGAGAUAUCAGAAUUCAAGUUGCAGCGUGCCCCAGGUCUACGCUGCGAGAACCAAUCUUCUCGAGUGCCUCUUUGCCAAGUGUGCAAAACGUGCAUAUUGGCCACAAAUAUUGCCACCACCAAAGAAUGGUUUUUGAGAGCUGGGGAGAGUUCCCAAAGGAAGUUCCUAUUUGGUGUUAUAAGACGGUUGAAGAGCCUGGACUUACUGGCUUACACAGAGAAAGCUCUGCAACCAGCACUGGGCAAGGACUUCACAUACAGCAGGUCAAGGAUUAAUCCGAGCUUGGCAAUAGACUUCAGCAUUUCCAGUUCGGACAGGGCACUGAGCAGACACCUAUUGAGGCAAUUUAUGGCUGAGAUGUGGGAAUGGUUCAAAGCUGGCUCUUACUGGACCAAAGCGAAUUAUGCCCUUCUACUGCUACAGAUGUGCAGCCCACACCUGCUACACAGUGCUGCCAACUUAAUUCAUGUGCUCACUGUACAGGAGAGGCAGCAAGUAGAAAUUCAUGGAAUUCAAGGAUCUCAUAAGGAAACGUUUGGAGAUAAUGAACAAAGUCAGUUGGAGGAACCCUACAACCCAACACAAGAUGAUCCUGCUCUUAUGGUGGUCCCCACUUCUUUCCAGUCUAUAUCAGGUGUCAGGCGGUACAAAGACUUCAUCCGCUGCCUCCCUGUGCAUCUCUCUAAAAAGAUACUUGGAUUCUUAAAGAAGAAGAAUCUUUUCACUUGUUUGUUUGUGUCUCAUCACUGGUGUUACGUGAUCAAGGAACUCAUUCUAGAUCUCGGUGCCGAGACACUGGUGCGGAAUGAAGCCAUGAUCUUGCAGGGCACGUCGUAUAAAGGAGUGAGCAUUUCUUAUGCAAAAAUUAAAACAGUACCAGUGCCAAAAGUCGGUGAAGAUGGCAAUGCUCUGCCAAGGCUGCAGAAGUACUACACAGAAAUAAAGCCUGGGGAGAAUCUGGAAGCAGCCUACAUCGACAUUGAAACUGAGAGCGUAUCCCUGGAGGAAAGAAAUCUCUUCUGUGGAUCAUAUAACGUUCUCAUUCUUACAGGACAAGAAGAUCCUCACAGAGUAAUCCACUUUGAUGGGGGCCGAUUGGUAGCUGCUGGUUCUACAGACCGUAAAGUGAAGCUAUUUGAUAUGGCAGAGAUGGCACAAAUCCCACCCCUUAUUCACGGACAUGCUGGGAGCAUCCGAGUUGUGCAUCUGUGUGAGGAGAGGGGCUUCGUGUUCAGCGGAGGGUUUGAUCUAAGUAUCAGGCAGUGGGACCUUCACACUGGGGACUGUCUGAGAAUUUUUCAUGGACAUAUGAAGACCAUAACUUGCCUUGAUGUGCAGGAGGAUUUGCUGGUUUCUGGAGCAAGAGAUGGACAUGUAAAAGUGUGGAAUGUAACUACUGGAAAAUGCCUGCGGACAUUUAAACACAAAGACGCUGUUCUGGCUGUAAAACUGAAGGAGAAGUUAGUGGUGAGCGGCUGUGAGAAAGGUCUUGUCAAAGUCUGGCACCUAGAAUCUGCAGUUGUGAUCAAGACAUUAACAGGUCACCAGGGAGCAAUAAAGUGCCUUUCCUUUGACCAGUGGCACCUGGUGUCUGGUAGUGCGGAUGGAUAUGCCAUUGCCUGGAGCAUGAUUGGAACUUUUCACAAGAAUUUAAUGAGCUUCAGGCAUCCAAAGGAGGUGAUGUGUUUGGAACUGCUCUUCCUCAGAGUAAUUACCGGUUGUGCUGAUGGCAAAAUCCGUGUAUUUAAUCUCCUGAAUGGAGACUGCCUACGAGUAAUGAGAGCCAACAGCAGAGCAGAUCCGGUAGCUGCACUGUGCAUUCAAAACAACAGGAUGGUAAUCAAUGCUCUGACAAGCAUCAUGAUCUUCCAGUUUGAGGAGGUUUUGUGGGAUUACUCACAGAAGUCAGAACGAGUAGAUGCACUAAAAGAAAAAGAGAAGUUUAAGUCAGCACCCAUUCAGAUUCGGCCAUAUAGUUAUGUGCGUGCGCAGAGAAUGAAACGCGUUGGUUCCAGCAAUAGGAAGAUUUACCAACUGGAAGAGGAGGAAGAUUUGGAGGCUGAGGGCCGGCUGUCCCAUCAUGCUCGCAGUCUGUCUGCAAGAAGCAUGAAGAGAGCACGUGACUUACACCUAGAGUCAUUAAAACCAGCAACCUGGUCUGAGUUAAGGAAUUGCCGCAGAAGUUAUGCAUACAUUGAUUUGCAGCCAGAGUUCUAUCAGAAGUCUCCUUUGGCCUACAGACCUCAAACAGCAGGACGAAGUAGCCUAGAGGCUUUAAGCCGUACAAAUUCAGCUCCUAUGAUGAAGGAAAAGGAUGAUUCUGAUGGAGAAUCAGGCUAUGGCUCUCCAGGACGUAAAUCUGUUCUAUCUAUAAGUGAGAAUGCAACCCUUCAACGCAUAAAACGUCGUGGGCCUCACUCCCUGAUGAGUCCUAAUCAAAUUCUCUUAAAAGUUAGUACCAUUCAGAAUUUACAGAAGUCGGAUAUAAUUGGAUCGAAUCUGGAGUACAACUCAAGGAUCAGGGAUGCCUGGGGAGCUCCACUGUCUAACAAAGAACAGAAGACAACCAUUCCAAAGUCUCACUCAACAGAAAGUCACAGGGUUGAUUCUUCAAAGUUUCUUCAGUAUCUAAAGUCUUCUGCUGUCCCUGUAGAGAUGAGGGCGGUCAUGACAUCUUUCGAAAUUAGAAAGCUGAGUCUAAAAAUGAAAGAGUCCUUGCACGACCCAGAGAUUCAAUCCACCAUUCCUUCCCCUUGCAUUGUUCGCCCACAGACAAGUUGCAGUUAUAGGAAGAUGGGAAGAAGCAAUGCUGUGAACGGAAGAUCCUGUUCUGCAGUAGAAGUUGGUGUGAAGAAAAUAGGGUUAUAUAGGAGUUGUGAGUCUGUGCAACCAUUGAGGAUGAUAAUGGGGAAAAUGAAUGAGACAAAUGUCCCAAAGCAGAAAAUACCUGAGCAAGUUGUUGCUGCAGACCCAUAUAGAGAAAGGAGUGCUUUCCAGCUGCUAACCAUAAAGCAACUAAAGGAUUUUCAGGCUGAGAAGAUGUUACAACAGAAAGAAGCAGAUUCUCACGUGCAAGCUACAAGGAACAAAGAAAGCAAAAAGGCAUGGCUGAUGAAAAUGAAAGGAAAAAACAUAGAUAAUUUUACCAAAGCCGGAAAGAUAGCCGCACCUGAGUUUGGAGCAAAUGUCUUUCUUUGAUUAUGCAAUAGGCAGCAUAUGAAUUUCAUAACACUUUUGCAGGCAAAGUGGAUACAUUACUGUGGAUCAACCAGUUCUAGAUACUGUAUCUUCCUUUAAUUAUUUAUCCUUAAAAAGAUUGAGGGGUUUAGGAACAAUGCUUGCCUUACUCUCCAAGAAUGUCCAAGACUCCUGAAUUACAUGAAACUCCCAUGGACUCCAAAGAGAGUAAAACAGCCUCCCAAAACCCGAUUAGUGGGAGGGGCAUUUCAGUAAAGUAUUUUAUCCGAACCAAGCAACACUUGAUUUAUUUUUAUAGAAUGUGUACGUUUAUGUAAGAUUAGAAAAUCACUUUUUAAUGUGAAUAAAACUAUGGUGUUUA